AUGUCUACUGUCGGCUACGUUGGCGCUGGCUUAUGCCUCUUCGGUAUUCUGACGUCGCUCUACUCGAUCGGCACCAUCGUGCAGGACAUCAACAAUCUUCGCGGCGAGGUCGAGGGACGCGUCGAUGAGUUCAAGAUACUCGCCGACGACACAUGGCAGCGUCUGCUGAUUCUUCAGUCGCCGACGGGCGAAUCGAGCAAUCCGAUGCCGUCGAUCUUCCGCAACAAGCGACACGUCUAUCCGGGAAUGUGCAAUUGCGACGCCAACUCGCAGGGAUGCCCAGCCGGACCGCCAGGACCGCCAGGAGCACCCGGAAAGCGCGGUGACGAGGGACUUCCAGGAGAGAAGGGACGCAAUGGAGCGUCGGGCAUCUCGUUGGCCGCCAUUCACCACAUUCCAGGAGGCUGCAUCGAGUGUCCCGCCGGACCGCCAGGACCACCGGGACCACAAGGAGAGGUCGGACCGCAAGGGUUCCCGGGAACGUGCGGAAAAGUCGGACCGGCUGGCGAUGACGGACAGCCGGGACCCGAAGGACCAGCAGGCGACAAGGGCGCACCGGGACCACGCGGAUUCGACGGUGCGAACGGACCCGACGGAAUGCCGGGAACCGCCUACUUCCCGGGCGCCGCCGGACAGCCGGGAGAGCCGGGAUGGGCCGGCGAGGCCGGACUUCCGGGAAAGCACGGCGAGCCGGGAAAAGACGGCGAGCCGGGACCGAUCGGCGCGCCAGGAACCCCGGGAGAGCCGGGACACGACGCGUUCCCCGGCACACCGGGAGCGCCAGGAAAAACCGGAGCGCCAGGAAAAGACGCCAACUAUUGUCCGUGUCCGGCGCGUCACGACGAGAAGAAGAGCGAAGGAAUCCAGGAGCCGCCGUCGGGCGCCCAGAACACCUACAAAAAGAGACGGCACUGA